AUGAUACAUACUUUCUUCCUUUUCUUCAUCCUCCUUCUUUUCUAUUUUCAUUUUCAUCCCGUCGUUUCUCUCUCCUCCGACGGCCUCGCUCUUCUAACGCUCAAGUCCGCCGUCAACGGCGAUACCGCAUCUGCAUUUUCCGACUGGAACGAAAACGACCCUACUCCAUGUCACUGGUCCGGCAUUAGCUGCGCAAACAUCUCCGGUGAGUCCGAAGCUCGUGUCGUCGGUAUCGGUCUCGCCGGGAAAGGUCUCCGUGGCUACCUCCCGUCGGAGCUUGGAAACUUAAUCUAUCUCCGUCGUUUGAGUCUCCACACUAACCUCUUCCAUGGCUCUAUUCCUGUUCAGCUCUUCAAUGCUACCUCUCUUCACAGCAUCUUCCUCCAUGGCAACAACCUCUCCGGUAACCUCUCUCCCUCCGUCUGCAACCUGCCACGUCUUCAAAAUAUUGACCUCUCACAAAAUUCAAUCUCUGGCACAAUCCCGGAGUCUCUCGGAAACUGUGCAGAACUCCAGCGUCUUAUCCUUGCAAGAAAUAAUUUCUCCGGUGACAUUCCGGUGACUCCAUGGAUGAAGCUUAAGAAUCUAGUUCAGCUUGACCUAUCUGAGAAUCUUCUAGAAGGUUCCAUUCCGGAACAAAUUGGCUACCUGAACUCCCUUACCGGAACGCUAAACCUAUCAUUCAACCAUCUAUCAGGUGACGUUCCAAAGUCUCUAGGAAAGUUACCGGUGACGGUUAGCUUCGACCUUCGUAGCAAUGAUCUAAGUGGUGAAAUUCCUCAAACGGGGUCGUUUUCGAACCAGGGACCCACCGCGUUUCUGAAUAAUCCCAAACUAUGUGGGUUUCCUCUGCAAAAACAGUGCACCGGUUCAGCGAGUCAACCAGGGAGUAAUCCUGGUUCAGCUCGACGAGAGGUGAACCGGUCGAAGAAAGGGUUGAGUCCGGGUUUGAUUAUUAUUAUAACAGUAGCUGAUGCUGCUGGUGUGGCUUUGAUUGGGCUUCUUGUUGUGUAUGUGUAUUGGAAAAAGAAAGAUAACUCUAAUGGGUGUAGUUGUACUUUGAAGAGAAAAUUUGGUGGGAGUGGAAACAAUGAAAAAUCGGGUUUCUGUUGUUUUUGUUUGUCUUUAGGGUGUGCUAAGGGGUUUAAGAGUGAUGAUUCAGAUAUCGAAGAGAGUGAGAAAGGAGGAAGAGAAGGUGGUGGGGGUGGUAGAGGGGAAGGUGAAGGAGAAGGGAAAAGUGGAUUAGGGAUUGUGUAUAAGGUAGUGCUUGGGAAUGGUGUUCCUGUGGCUGUAAGGAGAUUAGGGGAAGGUGGUGAACAAAGGUAUAAGGAGUUUGCUGCUGAAGUUCAAGCUAUUGGGAAAGUGAAACAUCCUAACAUUGUCAAGUUGAGAGCUUAUUAUUGGGCUCAUGAUGAAAAGCUUUUGAUUAGUGAUUUCAUUUCCAAUGGCAAUUUGGCUAAUGCUCUUAGAGGGAGAAAUGGCCAACCAUCUCCAAAUCUUUCAUGGUCAAUCAGGCUGCGAAUAGUCAAAGGAACAGCCAGAGGUUUAGCUUAUCUCCAUGAAUGCAGUCCAAGAAAAUUUGUUCACGGUGACCUCAAACCUUCCAAUAUCCUCCUCGACACAGACUUCCAACCUCUCAUUUCUGAUUUCGGUCUUAACAGGCUGAUCAGCAUCACCGGCAACAAUCCCUCCGCCGGCGGUUUUAUGGGUGGAGCUCUUCCUUACUUGAAGUCAUCACAAACAGAACGAAUCAACAACUAUAAAGCUCCUGAAGCCAGAAUACCAGGCUGCAGACCCACCCAAAAAUGGGAUGUGUAUUCAUUUGGUGUUGUAUUACUCGAAUUGCUCACUGGUAAGUCCCCAGAUUCUUCUCCAGGAGCAUCAACUUCCGUGGAAGUCCCCGACUUGGUAAGGUGGGUUAAGAAAGGGUUUGAACAAGAAAGCCCUUUAUCCGAAAUGGUUGAUCCAUCACUUCUUCAAGAAAUUCACGCCAAGAAAGAAGUACUUGCUGUAUUCCAUGUAGCACUAUCAUGCACUGAGGGAGACCCUGAGGUCAGGCCUAGAAUGAAAACUGUUUCCGACAAUCUUGAAAGAAUUUGA